ACACGGAACUCCAGCCAAAAGCCCCAAGCCCAACCAGUUGUUUCACUGAAUACAGCUUCAAUAAACUCACUACUCACAUUCUCAAAUACAUAGAAAGAUACAGUUCGACCACGACGUUUUGACCGGGUUUACAUUUUUAUGUUAAGAUUAUGGGGUGCUGGAGAUUCUCGGCAGUGAAUAUUGUUCUUCUGUCUUUCUGCCUUCCCAUCCUCUCCUUCACACACAUCAAGACCAGCCUGUGUAAGUGGUGUGACUACUCCAGCCCUAUCUGUGAGGACAGUGUGUGUUACACCAACUGUUCCCUCUCCUCCUUCUGUAAUCUGAGUGAAGAGAUCUGCGUUGCUAUAUGGCGGAAGGACAACCAGAGUAUGAGUGUGAAGACGUUAUGCCACCAGCCUCAGCAGCCCCUGGAGAACAUCAUGUUGUCUAACUACUCCUCCAACGAGUGUGUGAUGACUCCUCAUCCCUCUGAGGACGGGGUCCUGUUCGUCUGUGGCUGCCUGGGAGAACACGAGUGCAACGAUAAGCUCAUAUUCGACAAGGGCUCCAAUGGUUUUUCCAAGCUCAAGAGUAAAGAUGUGAUUCCAGUGGUAGUGAUCAGCCUGGUCCCUCCCUUCUUAGUGGCUAUCAUUGCUUCCAUGGCUUUCUACCUGUACCGUACCAAACAGCCCAGCAAGCAGCCCAAAGACUGGGCUCCCAAACGCACACACUACAAGGCCUUAGACAUCCCGGAGGGACUUAGUGGGGACGUCAUCACCAGUGGUGAGGACUGCCAUGGCAAACGGUCAGCCAUCAAUGGCGACACCACCUCUGACAUGUGUCCUGUCCGGGCCUAUAACUUCAACCACAACAUGGAGCAGCUGCCUAUCCAGCUGGAAGCCUUGGUGGGGAAGGGUCGCUUCGCUGAGGUGUGGCGGGCCAAGCUCCACCACCAGGCCGUGGGUUCUCUGUACGAGACAGUGGCAGUGAAGAUCUUCCCAUCUGUGGAGUACGUGUCCUGGAGUAAGGAGAGGGCCAUCUUCUCUGACGCCAACCUGGAGCACGACAAUGUGGUUAAAUUCCUGACAGCAGAGGAGCGAGGGCCCUCCGGCUCCCCUCAGAGGCAGUACUGGCUGGUCAUGGCCUAUCACAGCCUUGGGAACCUGCAGGACUUCCUGGGGGGCCACGUGUUGAGCUGGGCUGAGCUUUGUGCUAUGGCUGGGUCGGUGGCUCAAGGAUUGGCCCACCUUCAUAGUGAUACCACCCCCUGUGGGAUCCCCAAGGUGCCUGUGGCCCACCGCGAUCUGAAGAGCAGCAACAUCGUGGUGAAGAGCAGAAGAGAGUGUGCCCUCUGUGACUUUGGUCUGGCUCUGAGGCUGGACCUCUCCCUCACAGUGGAUGAUUUUGCCAACAGUGGCCAGGUGGGGACAGCUCGCUACAUGGCCCCUGAGGUGUUGGAGUCUAGGGUGAAUCUGGAGGAUCUGGAGGCCUUUAAACAGAUGGAUGUCUACUCCAUGGCCCUGGUCCUCUGGGAAAUGGUGUCCCGCUGUGAAGUCAUAGGGGGUACAUUAAGCUAUUCUGCUACGGUGAUUCGGGAGGUGAAGAGUUAUGAGCCGCCCUUUGGCUCUAAGGUGUGUGACCAGCCGUGUGUGGACAGCAUGAGGGACCUGGUCCUGAGGGACAGGGGCAGACCUGAGAUACCCACCAGCUGGACAACACAUCAGGGUAUGGAUCUUCUGUGCGCCACCAUCAAUGAGUGUUGGGACCACGACCCAGAGGCCAGGCUCACAGCCCACUGUGUGGUGGAGCGCUUUGGAAGUCUAGAAGAGGAGAUGGAGCAGAAGGGGUUAGACACUAUCAACAGCCAGAACAACCAUCAGGGUCCUCCCUCUGGCAUCUUCCCUGACUGUGACGUGGACCCUUUGACCCCUGAAACAGACACAGAGGGACCCUCAUCCCUGGGCCACUGACCAAGAUAAUAUAAGGAUCACCAGAAAGAGACAUUUCUGUAUGAUAGAUUGAUGGCAUUCUACCCUAACAACAAAAGAAAAGGGACACAUUUUUGUAUGAUAUAUUGUUUUAUUUGAAGGAGCUGGUCUCCUGUUUGAUUUGUAUAAUAUAGCCUUUAUGAAGUGUCUUACGAAUGCACUUAUGAACUUGUGACACUGAAGAGUUAUUUCUGCUCCAUGGAAAGUUUUGUGCACAGGAUUCAGGGAAGAGAGCAAACUGGCAUACCACUAAUUAUCAUCCCAAUUUAACGUGUACAUUUGACCAAUAACUAAAAAAGCAGAUCAGUUUCCAUAUCUGAAGUACAUAAAUCCUGUAGUGAAUGCUGACAUGUAUGCGUCACUAAUGGCACCCUGUUCCUUACUACUGUUGACCAGAGCCCUAUUGCUCUGAUGUAUACAGGGACUAAGGCGCUGUUUGGGAGGCAACAAUGGUUGUUAUUUGCUACAGUACAGACAGCACUAUAUUUUGUGACAAUCUCCAUUGGUGUUCCAGCUAUUUAAAUUGGUCCUCUUUCCUAUUGGAGAGAAUUUACCUUACAAGAAUGAUUCCCUACCACAUUUUUUCUUCUUCUCAAAUGAACUGCUCCAUUGCCUUCUCAGUGUGUAGCCUCAAAAGCCCUAUGUAUACCUGCCGCUUACAUGCGUUCUUCGUCCUGAUCUUCUCCAGUCUUGCCAGUUUACACUUACAAGAUCUGAUCAAAAUCAGUAAACAACGAGUCUUUUAAUAAUCUACACAUGUCUAAAAAUGUGGGAACAAUCAAAAUGAGUCACGAUUAGGACAAAGGGCGCAUGUUAAAACCAGGUAUGAAGUGGCUAAAGAGCAGUGUGGUCCUCGUCCGGCCAGUAUGUGUCCCAAAUGCCACUAUAGGCUCUGGUCAAAAGUAGUGCACUAUAUAGGGAUUAGGGUGCCAUUUGUGAUGCAGCACUAGAGUUAUCUCAGAGCUGAGGGGUUUGCAUUUUUCUUAACCACAAGUUGCUGCGACUGUGAAUGGUGAAUGUUAUAUAGAAUAGGGACCACAACACACAAACUAGCAUGGAGAAAUGUCCUUUUUAAGAUGAAAGAAAGCCAAAGAGCAUUUAAUGAUUCCUUUGAACUAAUAGCUGCACACAUACACACGUUUGGGUCACUUAGAAAUGUCCUUGUUUUUGAAAGAAAAGCAAUUUUUUGUACAUUAAAAUUACAUUAAAUUGAUCAGAAUUACAGUGUAGACGUUGGUAAUGUUGUAAAUUAUUAUUGUAGCUGGAAACGGCUGAUUUUAAAUGUAAUAUCUACAUAGGCGUACAGAGGCCCAUUAUCAGCAACCAUCACUCCUGUGUUCCAAUGCACGUUUAUGUUAGCUAAUCCAAGUUUAUCAUU